AUGGGUGCCGGAAGCCGCCCACCAAUAUCAGGCCGAGCACCCAGCUCCAUGGGCUUCAACCCAUCGAACACCAGAGGAACCACGAGAUCUCGACCGGCGACAGCGAUGAGCGGGCGAUCAGCGGAAGAAGAUGGAGGACCAGCCGACCAAAAGAAAAGUAGGAAUUUUUCUGCUUCCUUACAACCCCGUACCAAGAAAGUGCGGACUCAAAGAGGACGAUCUACAGCCUCUGAACAGUCCGUCGGAACCCGUGCUCGAAUGCCUAGCAAAGAGGAGUUGACGCUCAGCAAGCGGAUGGGCAACCUCUCGCUCAAUGAUGACGUCGGCAACAUAGCUAGCGGAAAUCAAGUGAUAUCCAAGGCAAAAGAGCAAUCCCUUUCUCUUAUGUUUCAGCCGCCCGACGGACAAGAGCAGCGAAGUUCGACUCUCCAGAACCGCCGGGGGGGAGCUACCAGUCCGGACCCGUUUAGGACCACCAACUCUCAGGCCAAUUUCCCUAGUGUACCAGUCACCCCGCCAGAGAUCCGGAAUGGCCGUGUGGCAUUGGAGAAGCUGGGCACCGCGGUCAGGAGCAUUGCCCAGACCCCUUGUUCUCCUACCAAAUCUCCGUCUCCUAAAAAGUUACCAUUCUUGACCAAGGACUCACAUUUAAAAACUUUCACAGGCUGGGAUGUAGACGGUCGGCUUCACGAGUUCGAGACGCAGUUCAAAGAGAUGAAAGAGGCCUUUGAUACCACCAUUACCGACAGAAAAGCCCUCGAGGAGGCUAUUCAGUUUGCGAAGAAUAGGGCGAGUGAUCUUGAACGUGAGCAACAACGGUUGAUGGACCAAACUGCACAACUACAGGGACAGAUCAGCUCUUUGCAACAUGACAACCUCUCCAUGCAGCAAGAAAAGCAGUCAUUAAUCCUACAGUUCGAGAGCGAGCGGCAAAAGCACAAAUACGAACUCCAGGACAAGUCACGAGAGCAUCAACACGACGUCGAAGAAAUCAAGCGAGGGUUCAAGGCCGAGGUCGAACAGAUGAAGUGGGAACACCAACAGGCUUUGGAGGCAAUGGAGAGACAAUACCGAGCGGAAAUGAAGGACCGACAGGCCCAAAACUCAAAGGAGCUGGAGGAGCUACGGGCCAAGUUGGGGUCAAAACAGGAGGACAUGAAUCUGGAAGUCCUCCGAAAAGACCGCCAGAUCCAGGAAUUACGGUCCCUUAUGGAAGGCCUUAAGCUGGACUUGGACCGGGAACAGACGGUCAAGGGUAACCUUCAGCAGAAACUGACCGAGAUGUCGACGACAAAUAUGACUUUGGAGGACCGGUUACGAGGCCUUAAUGCCAAGAUCGAAUUCCUGGAAUCCGACAGCAAGCAACAAUCAGACUCGUUUGCUCAUAUGGAGGCCCGGCUGCAGGAUGCUUUGCGGGUCGCUGAGGAAGCUCGCGAGAAGUUAAUCAAGGAGGAGACGGAGCGCCGGGUUCUGUUCAACAAGUAUCAAGAGCUAAAGGGCAACAUCCGUGUGAUGUGCAGAGUACGCCCCGUGCUUGGGAAUUCGGAAGGCAACCCAGCUCAAAUCGGCUUCCCUGACGAGAAGACAUCGGCUCAGAUCGACGUCACCCAAGAAGAGAAGAACAGCAUGGGCAUGGUGAGCCGAAAGGUAGUCCCAUUCGAGUUUGAUCGUGUGUUUUCCCCAGCGGUCCACAACGAGGAGAUCUUUGGAGAAAUUUCGCAGCUCGUGCAGAGCGCUCUUGACGGCUACAAUGUCUGCAUCUUCUGCUACGGUCAAACAGGAUCCGGCAAGACCUAUACCAUGUCCUCGCCCGAUGGCAUGAUUCCCAGAGCCACCCACAUGAUUUACGAGACGAUUACGAAGUUGAAGGAGAAGUCAUGGACAUAUACGAUGGAGGGUAGUUUUGUCGAAGUGUACAACGAAGAGCUCCACGAUCUGCUCACGCCUGGCAGAGAGUCGGAUGGAAAGAAGAGACUCGAAAUCCGCCACGACGACAGCCGCAAGCAGACUACAGUUCUCAACUGCAAGACAGUGGCGCUUGACUUACCCGAUAAGGUCGAGAUGAUGCUCAAGCAAGCCCAGAACAACCGCAGCGUUGCCGCUACCAAGGCAAACGAGAGAUCUUCGCGCUCGCAUUCCGUCUUCAUUCUGAAGCUGGUGGGUGAGAACUCGGCCACCAACGAGCGUUGCGAAGGCACUCUCAACCUGGUGGAUCUUGCUGGUUCUGAACGUUUGAAGCAUUCUCAAGCCGAGGGCGAGCGCAUGAGGGAAACGCAGAACAUCAACAAGAGCUUGGCAUGCCUCGGCGAUGUUAUCGAGGCUCUGGGACGCGGGUCAGGCCACGUCCCAUACCGCAACUCCAAGUUGACGCAUCUCUUGCAGUACUCGCUCAGCGGGAACUCCAAGACGCUCAUGUUUGUUAUGGUCAGCCCACUAGAGGCCCAUCUGAAGGAGACAAUCACGAGUUUGCGGUUCGCCACCAAGGUUAGUACCACAUCUCUCAAAAAGGGUUUACGACAAUCACUAACAUGGCUCAGGUGCACAACACCCAUAUCGGUACGGCCAAGUCGACGAAGAAGCUUGUCAAGGACCGGGCAACCGACUAUUAAAGAGCGUCAUAAUGAUCCCAUUUCCUUUUUUGAUGUUUCUUUUCUUCUGUGUGUAUAUGAUGUUGAGAAGGACCACCUUUUUGCUUCUGGUUUGGAUGGGAGCCCUUGGAUGGAUUUGGUGGGUGGGCCAGGGGCAUAUGGCAGGCAGGCAGGCGGCGACGGGGCGUUGUGUUAUGAAUGA